CCACGAAGUCCUGCUCCUGGACCGUUGGAAGCCGCCGGCAGGGGUUCCCAUAGGCCCACCCCUCCUCAGGAAGGAGACAGAAAGGGCGGGACAUCUUUUGGUCUGAUCAAAAUACUAACCUAUCUCUUCACCUUGCAGUAGAACCCCUGGAGGGCUUGCUGAUAUGCGCGUCCUUCGGGAUUUUCUGUUCCUGAAGGGCAGGCUCUAAAUGUGACUCAGGCAUACGUUUUACUGACAAAGCAACACAAUGGACAGCACAGAGAAAGCAAAUAAAAAGGAUAGUCAAAGUGGGCCACCCAAAGAAGUCCAACUGCCUACCAGUGAAGCACUUCUAGACUAUCACUGUCAAAUAAAGGAAAACGCAGUAGAACGAUUUAUGGCUCAAAUAAAGAGACUUAGAGAAAAGAACCAAAAGUAUCAUGAAAGAAACAGACACUUGAAGGAUGAACAGACUUGGCACAUACGGAACCUACUAAAGGAGCUGAGUGAAGAGAAGUUGGAGGGAUCACCAGUUGUAACAAGGGAAGAUGUUGAAGAAGCAAUGAAGGAAAAAUGGAAGUUUGAAAGAGACCAGGAAGAAAACUUGAAAGAUAUGCGCAUGCAAAUAAAUAAUGCUGAGAAACUAUUUCUUGAGAAACUCAGUGAGAAGGAAUACUGGGAAGAGUACAAGAAAGUAGGGAGUGAACAACAUGCUAAACUCAUCAUCUCCUUACAAAAUGACAUCAAUACAGUUAAAGAGAAUUCAGAGAAAAUGUCAGAACACUAUAAAGUCACUUUGGAAGAUGCUAGAAAGAGAAUAAUCAGAGAAACUUUGUUGCAACUGGAUCAAAAGAAGGAAUGGGCCACACAGAAUGCUGUAAGGUUCAUUGACAAAGGCAGUUACAUAGAGAUCUGGGAGAAUGACUGGCUAAAAAGAGAGAUUGCAAAUCACAGGAAGGAAGUUGAAGAAUUAGAAAAUACUAUUCAUAAACUGGAAGAAGAAAACUUGGUGCUUAUUGAUCAACUAUUCAACUGUAGACUUGUGGAUCUCAGAAUACCCAGGCGACUGUAUCUUACUCAAGCUGCUGGACUGGAAGUGCCACCUGAAGCACCUUUGGAGUUGUCAGAAACAUUUAAAGAAGAGUCAAAAUUUCAAUGUAUAGAAGUAAAAAGCAGAGACCUGAUGAGCUCAUCAGCUGAGAGUGGUGCCUUAUAUGUCAGUCAUGAGGAUAGUACCAGGUACAGCAAGGACCUGAAGACAGAUGAGAAAAGUGACUCAUCCAUACAGUUUGGGGCCUCUGAUAUGAAAUACUUACUGUAUGAGGACGAGCAGGAUUUCAAGGAUUAUGUAAACUUGGGGCCCCUGCAGGUGAAGCUCAUGAGUGUGGAGAGCAAGAAAAUGCCCAUUCAUUUUCAAGAGAAGGAAAUUCCAGUCAAAUUCUAUGAAGAUGUCAAGAGCCCAGACAGUUACAUCACAUACAGAAUGAUGAAGCCUUUUCUCUAAGACUAAAACCUGCAAAGUAAAAAUAACAACUUUUCUUAUACAUUUUCAUUGGGAACGGAAGUAUAUCACUUGCCCAUCUUAUUUACACUUUGGUCCAUUAUUAAGCCAGUUGUUAUUUCUAAAGGUCAUAACAACAUUUAAAAUCAAA